CAUGUUUGUAUGAGAUUUUUACAAUGGGUUUGUAUCAUUUUGCAUUACAGUGAAAUGAAUUUCGCUUUCAAGUCAUUGCCUUAAUAAAUAAAUGAUUUCAAUUUAACAUGGCAUCUGGAAUAGCUUUGCUAACAGAAGACCAACUUCGAACAAAGCUGCGCUCUUUUAAUCUUCCCGAUGGCCCUAUAACGAGAACAACAAGGAAAUUAUUUGAAACGAAACUUGCUAGAGCCAUGGGCCUCUAUGACUAUACGCAAGUUACCAGACCAUCUACUACUUGUAAACCAGAUGUAAAAAAUCCGUUAAACCAGGAAGUUAGUGAAAUAGCUAACACUGUUUUUGAUGAGAAUAAGCCCCCGCUUUGUAUUAAUAGUUCUUGCGCGAAAGAAAACGUAGGCGCAACUUGUCAAGAAGUAAGUACAUUCUACGGGGUUUGCCUAUAUGCAGUUGAUAAAAAAGAGAAAGAUGGCGUGGAACCUACUGGUGGUUGUGGUUCAGUAUUCACAGACAAGACUGAAGCACUUAAUUGUCUUAAAUUGAACAGUGGUGCUCGGCUUAAAGCUUUUGAUACAAGAGAGGAGGCAGAAGCUUUUGCAUCUGGUAAACUAAACGCAUCAUUUCGGCUCCUCUCUCAGGAAUUGUCACCAGGAUGGACUGAACCUACUUCUGAGUACAAAGGACCUAAACGGGGAGAAAUCACCCGUUUUCGCAAACUUAUUGAAAACUGUGAUUAUGAUAACCUUGCGAAAAUAAUCUAUAGCAAUCCAAAGUAUCUAAUUAGCACUGCUGAUACCCCUGUCAUCAUUCAAGAAGGGUGUCAUUACAAUAGCAUGCAUGUUGGCAAAACUGGUCAGAAGGAUAUUUGCGAGUUAAUUAUUAAAACCCUUAAUGAUGAUGAAUUCUGGAAACUAAUCUAUCCAAACAAAGAAAAAGGAAUAGAUGGUUGGCAAAAACUAAAUAACAGAAGGAAAGCAUUUACUUUGGAUUUGUAUCUAAACACACCAGACAGAGGAAGUUGUGAAACACCGUUGCAUUUUGCUUGUAAAUUUGGAAAAGCGGAUGUCGUUAAAUAUUUGUUGUCUUGGUCGGGUGUUGAACGAUCUGUAUUAAACAAAGAUAGAAGAACAGCAGAAGAGGUCAUAUGUGCCCGAGUGCCGAAUUGUGAUGAAGACCUACGAUCAAGAAUUCAAAGCAUGUUUGACAAACAAGAAAGCGUCUGCGUGCCUAUUCUACGUUCAGAUGACAACUGCGCGCCUCCAAAAGUUGGAGCUCCGUGGUCUCCGAGUUGUCAUAUGAAAUUUGAAGAAGCCGUGGGUGUAAAAAGUCCUGGGGAACCAACAUACAAAGUUCGAGCGUUCGCAGGGCCCAUGUCGCCACAUGAGGCAGAAAGGUUUUCCUUUUCUUUGCGUUCUCCAAGAGGAACAACACCCGAGAAGCAGGCAAAACUUCUAAAUAUCAAACGAAGCGAUAGCGAGAAAGGAUUGGAACGAGUUGCUAGAAAAGUAGCUAAAUCCCAGAAUGUUUCAUGGUGCGAACACUGGAAAUUCUUGGAUGGCUUUACAGACCUCUCAACGAGCGAUGGAUUAGUAAAACUUGAGGAGUAUCUCAAGACCAAAGCACAUAGAUUAAACUUGGAGAAAACAGUGCCUGUUGAAACACGUGUUCCUAUCGAAAGCUCUUCGUUUUGUUCACCCUGCGGUUCCAUUAGUGAUGUU